AUGGCCCCUUCAAAGGAGACGAUUGUCAUCGGGGGGAUUACAGUGAACGUGUAUUCGCUCCCGGGGGCUACAGAACCCUCUGCUCCCGUCGCGGUCCUGUUCUUCCUCCACGGCAGGACUGGAAAGGCUGGAGACUGCGAAUGGGUUGCACACUCUACACUCGAGUGGACCGAUGAGCUGAGGAUGAGUGCUGGCGUGCAAGGCCAGGAUCUCUUGGUCGUAACUUUGGACCAGCGCAACCACGGCGAUCGAACGGUAGAUCAGCGCUCUAACGGUGGUUGGAGGGAAAAUCCUCCCGCAAGGAACGACAGGCAUGCGGUUGACAUGUAUGCGAUCUUCACGGGCACGUCCAGAGAUGUGUCGUUCCUGAUUGACUUCUUGCCCUCCUACCUGUACCCGUCCGGCGAACGCACCAUCUCCCAGUGGCUGGUAGGGGGGAUCAGUCUUGGGGGACACGCAGCGUGGUAUACCUUGCGUCAUGAGCCCAGGGUCAAACUCGGUAUUCCUGUCAUCGGUUGCCCCGACUACCUUGGCCUCAUGUCUGAUCGGGCCGCACUGAACGGCAUCCCCUUCGAGUCCCCGUACAUUCCGCAGUCGUUCCUCACCGUCGUCGCGCAGCAGGAUCCGGCAACGGCAUCAUACAAGGCGGCAGACUCGUCCAACCCCUUCUACGGGAAGAAGAUCCUCGUAUUGUCAGGCGCAGACGACAAGCUGGUGCCGUGGACGGCGUCGAAAGAGUUUGUUGACAACUUGAACGUCGGGCCGGAGGGCGCGAAGGAAGUCAUUGUAGCACCGGGAGUGGGACACAAGUGUACGGAGGAUAUGGUGCGUGCGAUGUCCAAGUUCCUCUGGGAGCAGGCGUUGGGAGUAUGA